GAGAGCCGAUCAGAGACGAUGCCACAAUGAGCACGUUCUUAGAUUAUUCAGUGAUGAGUGGUGGGGACGGAGGUGGCGGGGGUGCGUGCUCUGUCAGAGCGUUCCAUGCCGAUCACGGAAUUACAACUUUCCAGUCGUGCUCCGUCACGGUAAACAACUGCGCUGGGAACGAGCGCUUCUUGUCCGGUAGGGCAUCACCGGACGCUGUUUCAAACCAUCCAAAUCAAGCCGGGUCGUACCAAUCCUCCGGGACACUGUCCAUCGCCUACGGUGCCCACCCAACUUACGGGACUCAAAGUUUUUGCGCCGGUUACAAUCACUAUGCCCUGAACCAAGACGCUGAUUCGACUGCAGGCUUCCCUCAGUGCGGCCCACUAGUUUACUCUGGAAACAUCGUGCAGCACCACCACCAUCAUCAUCACCAUCGCCAUGGUUACAGCGGUAGCAACGCGCACUUACACGGGCAACUUCAGUACGCAGCAGCUACGUAUGCUCAUGGUCAGGACCAGGGGAAUCUGACGUUUGUGGCGGGCUGCUCAAAUCACCUUUCUCCUUUGCACGCCCACCACAACGCGUGCUGUUCGCCUCUCUCAGAUGGCGCGUCCACGGCGCAGACGUUUGACUGGAUGAAAGUUAAGAGGAAUCCGCCCAAAACAGGUAAAGUAGGGGAGUACGGUUAUGGUGGCCAGCCUAACACAGUCCGCACCAAUUUUACCACAAAGCAGCUGACAGAGCUGGAGAAAGAGUUUCACUUUAACAAGUACUUGACGCGCGCCAGGCGCGUGGAGAUAGCUGCUGCGCUUCAGCUGAACGAGACUCAGGUGAAAAUCUGGUUUCAGAAUCGUCGCAUGAAGCAGAAGAAACGUGAAAAAGAAGGUCUGCUGCCCAAAAGCGCGUCUGAACCUGGGGACGGUCCGGAAAAGGCCGAAGAUGCAUCCGAAAAGUCUCUCUCCGCACCAUCAACCCCAUCUCCCGCCUCUUCCUCGGCUGACCACUACUCCUCGAGCUAAAUGGCCUUGUCAUUGUGUUCUGCUGGUGGGAUGAUAAGUACACCACCGUGACUCUGCCCACAAACUAUGUAGCAGUUUACAGUGGGUGAACGUAUGUAGCUGGACAUGCCCACUGGUCACGACAAUGCACUAGUUUUGAGUUUCGACUAUUCGGCGUGUUGUGUUUCUGUAAAAUGGUGUUAUUAGUCUGGGAGAUCCCAGCAUUUUCAUGCACAAAAGCAGCAAAUUACAUAGCUGGGAUGAACUUACAGCCUACGCUACUGUCAUAGCUCCUACCUCAUGUAGUCUACCAAAGGAUGAAAGUGCAAUAGAGGUUAUUGUCUGCUGAGAGCGAGAGAGAAAGAGUGAGAGACCUUAGACAAGUCUUGCUUGAUAACGUAUGCCUAAAUAAGACAGGCUACCUCGUGUUAUCGGCCUCCAGAGCUGUUUGUGGUGUAAAGAUUGGCUGUUUUAGUGGAUCACUUCGGCAUGAUACGUAACACUCAAGUAGCCACGUGAACCAGUCGUGCUGAGUUUUAUCAGUCGAAGAUAAUGGCUUUAGCUCUAUUCAUUAAUCGUGAAUUGGAAAAAGAGUAAAUCUCUUAUCAGAAAUACGGGUCAGUAUCUGUGAAAUAAACACAUUUUUUAGUAACACAAUAGUUUUAUGGCUUUUUUGUACUUUUCCUAGAGGCGAAAUGAUUACCAUCUGCAACAACAUGCAACUUACACCAGUGUUUCCCAAUUCUAGUACUGGUGACUCCACAUUAUGCACAUUUUUGAGACCAUCUAACACACCUGGUUCAACUCACUAACUAAGGAAUAAACUUCUGAUGUGGUGGAUCAGGAGUGUUUGAGUAAGGGAAAAAAUGCAGGGUUGUUCAGUUCCCGUUAUGGAACACCUUAGUCCAGCACAGUGUGAUGAUUUCCCUGCCCAAAAACAUCUGAUUCAACUGGUCAGUUAAUGAAAAUUGGUGACCCCAUAUUAACCCUGAUAGUAAGUUCAAUGGCAUCUGUUCAAUCUUAUAAGCCUUUAAAGCAAAUCGUACUAACUUACAAUACAUUGAGCAACAUUAACUAAGUAUUUUUAUUCCAAAAUCUCAAUUUCAUGCAGGGAUCUAAUGAUGGGCCUACGUUUUGGCAGGACCUUUAAAGGUUUCUUUAGUGCAUUGAUUUGCUUGUCAAUACUCUCAUCACCGCCGGGAACGCACUCCCUAACUCCAGUGGAUGUAUGCGUCCGCGCGCACUCUCCUCCCUGAGGAGGAGGCUCUAUUGACAUACUGUGUGCUUGUUUAUCCGCGCGCACUGGAGAGAGAUGUCGCCAUCAUUCGCGAUGACAACCUUAUCGAACUGCCGGUUUAUAGAAGGGAACGCGAGGUCAUAAAGGAAAAAUGACGCAGCAUCGAUUAAAUCAUCUCCCAUUUGAUCGUCGUUUGAUCCCUUCA